AUGGAUACUAUGCAAAUGUGGUGUACGGCCGUGGCUGGCAUUGGAGCAGAUUCUGGCCCGAAGUUUCUCUGCAGCCCAGUUCACCUCCAGGCAUUUAAAGGCUUUGAGACUUUGUUGACCCGUGCACUGCCCCUGCACGACUGGCAGGAACAGAGAGGUCAUUCUUCCCCUGUACUCGGCACUGGUGAGGCCUCACCUGGAGUAUUGCAUCCAGUUCUGGGCCCUCACUUUAGGAGGGACGUUGAGUUGCUUGAGCGUGUCCAGAGGAGAGCAACGAAACUAAUAAGGGGCUUGGAGCACAAGCCAUAUGAAGAGCGACUGAGGGAGCUGGGGUUGUUCAGCCUGGAGAAAAGGAGACUAAGAGGUGACCUCAUCACUCUCUACAACUUCCUGAAGGGUGGCUGUGGUGAGCUGGGGGUCGGCCUCUUUCUCCGGGUGACAACAGAUAGAACAAGAGGACACAGUCUCAAGUUGCGUCAAGCUAGAUGUAACUUAGAAGUAAGAAGGAAAUACUUUACAGAAAGAGUGGUCAGAUACUGGAAUCAUUUACCCAGUGAGGUGGUAGAGGCAUCAUCCCUUGAAGAAUUCAAAAAAAGACUGGAUGUGGCACUUGCUGCCAUGAUCUAGUUGAACAGUUAGAACAUCGGCUGGACUAGAUGAUCUUAUAGGUCUCUUCCAGUCUUGAAAUUCUGUG